GGCAAUCCGGUGCUGGGCCUGGAGCUGGAGCACACCGCACCCCCCACCCCCCAAAAAAAACCCGCGCUCACCCCGGGCGGAUCUGGUCCGAGCAGCGGACUGGGCGCUGGCGUCGCCCGCCGGCCCCGGAUCCGAGAGCCGGCCGGUCGGCCCCCCGCCGCUGGAGAUGUUGGGUUUUUCUGUGUUUCGAGGGGCUAACCUCCUGAGAGCCCGGAGUCUGUUAUCUGCUGCCUGUGUUCGAACAGUUCACGGACAUGAGAUUGUCCAGCAGGAAGACCUGUCAGUGCCGAUGUACUGUGAUCGGAGGGAUACACCACUCCCUGACGUUCCCUAUUUCAAGAAGCUGAACGCGGAGCAGAUGGCACUGAAAGAAAAGGAGAAGAGUUCCUGGACCGAUCUGACCAAUGAAGAGAAGGUCGCACUGUAUCGUAUAGCUUUCAACCAGACCUACACGGAGAUGACCAAAGCAACCAAUGAGUGGAAGACUGUGCUGGGUGGUGUGUUUGUUUUCCUCGGAUUCACUGGCCUGAUCGUGUGGUGGCAGAGGAUGUACGUGUACCCUGAUCAACCACACACCUUUAGUGAGGAGUGGCAGCAAAAGCAAGCCCAGAGAAUGCUGGACAUGCGCAUGAAUCCUAUCGAGGGAUUUGCCUCCAAAUGGGACUACGAGAAGAACGAGUGGAAGAAGUGAUCAUUUUCACUCGAGCCUGAGAUUCCAACAGAUCCUCACCAAUAGAACUACUUUAAAUGGCCUAACUCCAUCCACCUGUGGUGUCAAAAUGAAAUGCAAAAUAACCGUAUAUGUGCCUUCAGCAGCAUUUAAAUAUUGAAAAUGUCACAGCAGUUACAAUGCAACUUGUAAUAAAGGUUGCUCUUAUAAAA